UUUCCAAUGUUCGCCGAGCAUCAUCGAAGCGACCGUCCGUCCUCCCCUCCCCUCCCGAUCGCGCAUGAGGUUUCCUCCUAGAUCCGGCUGAUCGACUAGGGGGGCGAUGGCGAUUCUGUACGCGGUGGUCGCCCGGGGCACCGUCGUCCUGGCGGAGUUCAGCGCCGUCACCGGCAACACCGGCGCGGUGGCGCGCCGGAUCCUCGAGAAGCUCCCCUCGGAGGCGGACUCCAGGCUCUGCUUCUCGCAGGACCGCUACAUCUUCCACAUCCUGAGAUCCGACGGCCUCAGCUUCCUGUGCAUGGCCAACGACACCUUCGGAAGGAGGAUUCCUUUUUCAUACUUGGAAGAUAUUCAGAUGAGAUUCAUGAAAAAUUAUGGCAAAGUUGCACACUUUGCACCUGCAUAUGCCAUGAAUGAUGAGUUUUCAAGGGUUCUGCAUCAGCAAAUGGAAUUCUUCUCUAGUAACCCCAGUGCAGACACUCUGAAUCGGGUCCGAGGCGAAGUUAGCGAGAUGCGAACUAUAAUGGUGGAUAACAUCGAGAAGAUACUGGACAGAGGUGAUCGAAUUGAGCUACUUGUUGACAAGACUGCUACAAUGCAAGAUGGUGCCUUUCACUUCAAGAAACAGUCCAAGCGCCUUCGUCGAGCUUUGUGGAUGAAAAAUGCAAAGCUUUUGGCACUGUUAACAUGCUUGAUUCUUGUGCUGCUUUACAUUAUUAUUGCUGCUUGUUGUGGAGGCAUCACUUUACCCAACUGCAGAUCUUAACCUCUAUAGUUGCUGGUGUUGAUCUCCGGUAAGUAUAUAUGCCAUGGGUGAUAUUUGGGUCACAUUCAGGGUCCUAUUUGUAACUUGAGAAGCGCUCAAAUGGAAUUAUGAUGCGCCACUGUCUCUGCUAAAUAUCACCCUGUUGGGAGGUGCUAUUCUGGUUUUUGGGGAGUCUGAUGGGGUCCAUCGCUUCCAUUUUCUUGAUGAGUUUGUUGUGUAUUUUCACGGGGCAUCUCUACACUGAUGUAAAUAAUGUACUUAUUUAUAGCUGACAGUCGAGCUUUUGCCUUUCGCAUUCUUAUGAUAUAUGAGAUGGAUUGUGCAAAACGAGUUCUAUCAAUAAUAGAUUUCCCCAUGUCGUCUUUCGCCUA